CUCCCGGGACAGGGGAGGCCCGCCUCGGAAGCCUCCAUAGCCGGAGCGGCCCCGAGCUCCGCUCCGCCGGCGGGGAUGCGGACAGCUGCGAGCACCCGCGGCUCCCGGCUGCCGCUGCUGCUGCUUUGGGCGGCGCUGAGCUUCUCGGCCGAGCAGCCCGGUUUUCAGUCACUUUCUGAACUGUUCUCCUAUGAAAUUGUUGUCCCGAAGUGGAUAGAAGAAAAACAGCAAACUUCAGAGCAACACUUCAUGGACAAAUUAUCAUUCAAUAUUAAAAUUGAAGAAAAAGAAUAUAUUAUUCAUUUAAGAAGGAACAGAGAUCUGGUGUCCCAAGAUUUCACUAUGAACACCUACGAUAAAGAUGGAAAUCUGAAAAUUGAAACUCCAAAUCUUCAGAAGCACUGCCACUACCAGGGAUAUGUCGAAGGCAUCGCAGAUUCUAUAGUUGCAGUCAGCACCUGCUUUGGACUCAGGUAACCGAUCCACCUGUUGGACUUGUUUGGUAGGGAAGAAGCUGACAGGCAUCGGUCCAGAAGUGAGCUUUGAACCUCCUCCCCCCACUCCCCUUUUAAAAAUUGCUUGGUUGAUUGGGAGUCAGCCUUGGCAUCUACUCCCGUUCUUUCACUUUCACUUUCUUUUAAAAAAACUUUUUAUUUUGUUUAUGCAA